AUGGCGGCAGUUUACAAGACAGUUUCCAAGAAGAAGGCUCGGCAACCGACCGAAGAUGUGGAUGAGGAGAUGGACGUGGAGAUGGAGGCCCUCCUUGAAGAUGCCGACGACACUACCGACAGCGAAGACGAGACUGGAGUGGAAGACCGCAUCGCUGAAGCGAAGAGACAACUCGCUGCAGGCAUGAUGCCUAAGACCCGGGUUCUAAUUCUCACAUCCCGUGGUGUGACACAUCGCCACCGUCACUUGAUGUCCGAUCUCUGCGCCCUCCUCCCCCAUACUCAUAAAGAGACCAAACUUGACACCAAGAAGAAGACCGCUGGUUACAACCUGCUGCUCAACUCUCUCGCCGAUCUUCACUCCUGCAACAUGAUUUUCUUCCUCGAGGCCAAGAAGAACGGCCAAGAUCUCUACCUCUGGCUUUCGCGCCCGCCGAACGGCCCCACCAUCAAGUUCCACCUGACCAACCUUCACACUAUGGGCGAGCUUGGUGCCGGUUUUGCAGGAAACUGCCUGAAGGGUGGCAGAGGCAUUGUGGUUUUCGAUCGGUCAUUCGAUGAGCAGGGUCCCGACAUGGGCAACCCUGGCUCUGAAUAUCGCGGCCUGGUCCGCGAGAUGCUGCGUGGCGUUUUCUGCGUCCCCAAGCGCGGUGUUAAGGGUAUGAAGCCAUUCGUGGACCGCAUCAUUGGUGUCUUUGGCGUGGACGGUAAGAUCUGGAUCCGUAUCUACGAGAUCCGUGAGUCCGAGGGUGGCGGAAAGAAGGACGGUGAAGAAACCGCCAAAUCUACCCCGAAGUCCAAGAGUGGUGAGCCUGAGGUCUCUCUGGUCGAGAUCGGACCCCGUUUCGUCCUGACCCCCAUCGUGAUCUUGGAAGGUAGCUUCGGUGGCCCCGUCAUCUACGAGAAUAAGGAGUAUGUCAGCCCUAACCAGGUCCGUCGCGAGAUCCGCAUGAGCAAGGCUGGGCGGUACUCGCAGCGCAAAGACGUGAAGAUCGACCGCGAAGCCAAGCGGACGGAUCUGGGACUGACGGACAACUCCUCGCGGAAACACGAUGCUCUGGAGACGAGGAAAUUGUUUGCUUAA